AUGUCAACUGCUGUAAAAUGUGUUCAUUGCAACAUAGUUAUUAACGAGGUGCUGGCUUUCGUUCAAUCGAAAAUCGACGUGAUGGAUGAAGAGAGCAUAACACGAUUGUGCAUAGACACCUUCACGGAGAAGGAAAUUGAUGCGGCUAAGGAUUUGCUGUUCGACUCUGUUUCUUCAAUUAAGAAAAUAACGAGGAAAGGUGAUAGAAAAUGUCAACGUAAUAUUCAAGAUAUUAUUAGUACUCUGAAAGCGGUGGAUCCUGAAAACAUUCCAAUUUUUGUGGCGAAAGAACUUCACCGAUUACCCCCCGUUACCUUUGAUCAUAUUGAUGUAACACGGUUGUUAAAGGAUAUAAUUAUAAUGCAGAAUGAGCUAAAACUAAUGAAAACUAAUUACGCGACCAUAGAACAAGUGAGUCAAUUACGAUCAGAGAUAGAAAAUAUAAAAUUAGCAUCAAUUGUGAAUAAUUUUGAAUGCAAUAUAAAUACAAGAAGAGGAGGGUAUUUUAAUCGUGAUGAUUGUGAAUUAGAUAGUGGUCCGAUAGGAUUAUUAUUAAACAAUAGCAACAGUACCGCUAACAUAGAUAGUUCUGCUGCCCGUUGUCAAUUCCAACAACAAGACGACAGCAGUAACAGAAAAAUGCAAUCCGAAAUUACGCAAAAUAUAUCAGCUGAUUCGAAUACUGGAUACAUAGAUACGGGCGAAGCCGCCUGCCACUCGCAGGUAGUUCAACCGCUUUUAAACACACAGCCGAGUAUUGUACUCAUCUCGCCUGAGUCACCGACAACAUGUAAUGAUAAUAAGAGUAAUUGUGAUUCUGUGACCUUAAAGAAAACGUUAUCUAUGGCCGAUAUAGUGCGUAAAGAUAAUAUAAAUAAGAAUAAUGAAAAUUGGACCUUAGUAAAGAAACAUAAACGCAAUAAAAACCAUUUCACUGGUAAAAUAGGGAAGGCUGUCUGUGACCGAGAGUUAAAUUUUAAGGCGGCGGACAAAAAAGUACCUAUGUAUAUAACUAAUGUGCAUAAAGAAACUGCCGAACGGAGUAUUGUGGAUUAUAUACUCAACAAAACAGGAGAACAAGUGACACUUAUUAAGUUGUCUAUAAAAAAUGAAAACAAAUAUAAUGCCUACAAAUUUUUUGUACCUACAUAUAAAUUGUCUGUAUUUUUGAAUGAAACACUGUGGCCAGCGGGUAUUGUUUUUCGUCGGUUUGUACACAAGAAGUACGGGACCGCGGAUAGACGACCGGACACGAUACUUAAUAAACAACAAUAA